AUGGAUUUGGCCAUCCACUAUCUCUCCUCGGGCUGGGAGAAACGAGUCGAAGCCACAAUGGAGACUCCAUUGAUAUCCCAACAGGGUCAGACGAUAGUGAUGUGGAUCGGUGUGGCACUUUCAUUUGUUCUCAUUGUUAUUCGAACAUACGUGCAAUACCAAAAUAGCAAGCAGCUAUUCCUCAAUGACUACUGGAUAUUCCUCGCCAUGAUUUGCCAUAUAGCAACCGCUAUAGUCUUCCAAUUUGCCAUGUCCCCGAUGUAUGAGGUCGCGUCUAUCGGGGCACGGUUGAAGACUCCGACAGCGGGAUUUAUGGAUCGAGCAUCGCUUUACCUCAAAUUACAAUAUGCAGCCGAUCUGCUCAUAUGGACCACAUUGUGGUCGGUCAAGUUUUCGCUUCUCUUCUUCUUCUGGCGAUUGUUCGACUCGGUGAAUUCUUCUAUAAAAAUGUUUUGGUGGAUCAUGUGUGGGAUCACUGCAUCGACAUGGAUGAUAAGUGUGGUGAUGCAGGAAUUCGCUUGUGAUCCUACCAGCAAUUUCUUCACACUAGGUAAAAAGUCCAGAGCUUAG